AUGCGGGACGACGACGCGCGGGAAGACGUUGGCUCAGAGGUGUCAGAGGCCGAUGUGGGUGAAGAGUAUGAGAUCUGGAAGAAGAACUGUCCCGUGAUGUAUUCACGGGUCAAAGAAAUUGCCCUGGAUUGGCCCUCUUUGACUUUUCAAUGGCUCCCGGACAGUGAGAGUCGCGCGCUGGUUUCGACCUAUUCCAAUGGCGCUGAGCCCGAGGAAGUUCUUAUUAUCAGGCCCGAAUUAGGACAGCGGCCUGAAAAGUAUGUCGUGCAGCAGUUUAGACACGAGAAAGAAGCCAAUCGACUGCGUUACUCCUUGUCUGAUCCAAACUACUUUGCUACGUUCAAUCCCGAUGGCGACGUUACUAUUUACUCUUCGACCGGCGGCUCGUUUGUCUUGCCCCAUACGCAUUCAAACAAUGGAUACGGCCUGUCCUGGGACCCUUACAACCCCGGACGGUUAGUGUCAGGAGCCGAUGACAGCAAGGUCGUUGUCUGGCAGGUGGAUUUUGGUGCAAAAACAGGCACAGUGUUGAACGUGAUCGAGCUUCCCAAUUCAGUCAAUGAUGUUGUAUGGUCGACGACCAGUAACAACGAGAUUGCAGCUGCAUGUGAGAAUGGCCAUGUCUACAUCUGUGACGUACUAGCCAAGCAGCCCAAGCUUGAGUUCAAAGCCCACGAUGAGGGCGUCAAUUCGUUGGCCUAUAAUCCUAAGGCCCCACAAAUGAUUGCUACUGUUUCUAGUGACUCUACUAUUGGCCUCUGGGAUCUGAGAGCCCCCGACCAGUCUCUGCACGUCAUGACCGGUCACGAAGCCUCGGUCACAAAUGUCAAAUGGUCACCACACCAUGACGGCAUUUUUGCAACAUCGUCUCAGGACAACAGAGUCAUUAUAUGGGAUAUUUCGCGUAUUGGCGACGAGCAGACUCCAGAAGAUGCAGAAGAUGCAGUACCUGAGCUGCUGUUCAUGCACGGAGGCCACACCGCCCCGGUAUCAGACUUUGACUGGCAUCCCCAAGUGCCUUGGCUGCUCGGUUCUGUGGCAGAAGAUAACAUUUGUCAAGUUUGGGUGCCCAGUGACGCCGCCGUUGGCGAUCCCACCGUGCCUAAACUACCCGUAUUCUCUAUAUAG